GCCUCCACGGCUUCGGAAGCGGCUCAAGUCAGUGGCCGGAGGUUCGCCGCGCCGCCGAUACCUACCGCGCUGUGGCGGCGGGGCAGUGUGCCGGUGGCGGAGCGGGAGGGAAUCCGGUCGCCGCACGAGCUUGUCCAGACAAGCCCGCCCCCUCCGCAACCCCGCCGUCUCCUCGCGGGUUCGCGCCGCUGCCCCAUCCCGCGAGCAGCGGCCGCCGGCGUCCUGGUGCUUCCUUCCGCCGCAUCCACUCCGGUGAUUGCCUCACUUCCUAAGUACUCUUAGGGACUAGGAGGUUAAUCCACCCCUGCAUUGGAGAACAUCUGAGAUGGCGGACGGGUCAUUUCUUGAUCGGAUGGUGUCUCAACUUCGGUCAACAUGCAGGUACUACACUGGAUAUCCCAAGGAUUUAGGGCCAUCGAGAAUUAUACCAUUCACCUCAGAACGUCAAUUUGUGCAGCUACUGCAUGAAGGCCGUCCAGUAGUUGUUGCCUUUACUAUCAAGUGCACUUAUACUCGUCACCUUGACAAAGUACUCGAGGAAGCUGCUGCUACAUUUUAUCCACACAUAAAGUUUGUUCGUGUUGAAUGCCCAAAGUAUCCUGGAUUUUGCCUAACAAGGCAAAAGAACGAGUAUCCAUUUAUUGAAGUAUUUUACAACCCAGAACAGGCAGCUAGCCAAGGAAAGGGAGUGGACCCCAAUGUCACAAAGUACUCUGUGAAAGUUCAACCUUUCAACUAUGACCAGAGUGUUUAUGGAUUCCGGGAAUAUUUUAAGAAGCAUGGGUUCAAGUAUUUUGAAACAAAAUAGACCAACUAUUAAAAUCCAUCGUGAUGAAAUAUGCACAAGUGCAAGGUAGCGGCUGAAGUCUAUUACCAUUCACGCAAGACGCAACAAGGCCACGUGUUUCUAGUAUCUGAUUUUUUUUUUCAUAAUUUAGCCCUUUUUGAAAAAAAUUAUGAACAGACUUGGAAAACAUAUUCUGGAAAUGGACCCGAAAGUUGGAGCCACUUAACCUGACGUCCAAGGUGUACAUCUUAACGCCAUGUCAGGUGGCGCUGAGCUCAUGUUGACCAGUCAGCCGUUCUCUGUCACGCCGACCGUUGGCAAUGGGGCUGGCGCCCACUUUCCCCUCCCCCCACCUCUCCCUUUCCUCACUUCUUUCUCUCUUUCUGUUCUUUCCUCAGACCGAGUGUGCUUUCUCCCUUGUCUCACCAAUCUCUCAAAUCCACUCUAAAUAGAGUUGUUUUGCAUCGUUUGUUUUGGUUAAAUCGUAAGGUAAGUUGUCCUAUUCCCUCAUUUUUUUCCUGAAUUUGUUGGCUAUAUUUGUAUAUGAGUGGAAGAUUGUAGAAUUGAACACAUGGCUGGUUUUCAAAAUUGUAGUGUGAAUUGUUCAUUUGUUUUGGUGGGAUUUGACAAUGUGAUGGAUAAACUAUUAUG